UCUAAAUAUGAAUGGAAACCGUUCUAACAGUGGAGGUGGAACUUCUUCGGUCUAUAGGGGUGUCCGCAAGAGGAAAUGGGGCAAAUGGGUAUCUGAAAUCCGUGAGCCAGGGAAGAAUUCUAGAAUCUGGCUAGGGAGUUUUGAGACACCAGAAAUGGCGGCAGCAGCCUAUGAUGCGGCUGCAUUUUACCUCAGGGGUGAUGUGGCGAGGCUUAAUUUCCCAGAAAGGGCAAAUGGGCUCCCCAGGCCGGUUAACCAUAGUGCAGACUGUAUACGCAUGGCUGCACAAGAGGCUGCCGUGCGGUUCAGACCAUCCAUGCCAGAAUAUGAGCAAGACCAGGGUGGCUCAAGCUCAGGCCAUACAGUGCCAGUCAAUAUCGGACUUUCCCCUAGCCAAAUUCAAGCAAUAAAUGAUUCACCACUUGAUUCCCCCAAAAUGUGGAUGGAAUUGAGUGAUGCACUUAUUGCAGACCAAAAAAUGUAUUUUUCUAACACUGCUAACUUUGAUCAUAUGGGUGAUUGGGAGGAGAUACCUGACUAUUCCCUCUGGGAUCCUUAGAAAAAGUCUGACCAUAACAUAUAUUCAUUAUGCAUUAUAAUAGUUCUGCAUGGGAACUUGUUAAACAAUAUUUUUUUUAAACUAAAAAAGGGUCAGAGUUGCCAAAAGUUAGCUACCUUAAAAUAUUAGAAAAUAAGACUAGUUAGGAUUUGGGUGUGAUAGCUUACUAUGAUAAGUAAUCGUAGUAUUCUAGCAUCAAUUUUCCUCCAUUAUUCAUCUUCAUUCAAGGAUGGAAGAAGAGAUGCAUAAUGAAUAAAGGUCCAAAGAGCUACUUUUGACCUUUGGUAUGGCCCAAGAAUAAAGAAUCAGCAAGAUAAUCUUUAACAGCAUGUGGGAAUCACAGUUAACAUAUUCAUCUACUGGGAAUUCCAUCAGAGGAGCUGAUUUUUUAAAGCUCAUUUAACACUACUGAUUUGGAUGGUUGUUGUAGUACCAGCAGGGCCAGGUGGUUUAGCAGAAUGAAUUCUUUUGUGUGUUGUGUUGUUUUCUUUUCUAUGUAAACAGCAAUAUUCCUGUAAGGUUUGAUAUGCCAAUUAUGUUGAUUUCUAUAAAGAUGGUAGUCAUUUUAUCAUGGGUUAUUUAGCUAAAUGGCCUCCUGACAAGUGCUUUUUAAAUCUGUGACUGGUUUUUAAGCAUUCUUCUAUCAAACUUGUCUGAAGGUCGUUUAACCCAAGGACCCAUUUUAUCAUC